AAGGAAAACUGGAAAAGGGUGGAUGUGAUUUAAGCAUCUCCUUCUUCUCGAUUCAGAUAUCAAAGACUCUCUUCUGGUUUUAUUGAGCAAGAAUCUGAUUCGUUAAGCCGUAAUUGGAAGCAGGAGACGUUGGAGAUGAGCCAAGACGCCAAGAGAAGCGUUACGGGGAGUGUGCCGACGACGAAGCCGAAUUCCGACGACCGGAAGCCCUCGCCGGCGGUCACUACCUCCACCGGGAAGCGCGUCAUCAUCAAGAGCGCCGAUAUGUUCCAGGACAUGCAGAAGGAGGCCGUCGAAAUCGCCAUCGGCGCGUUUGAGACUCAUAGCGUGGAGAAGGACGUGGCGGAGCAUAUAAAGAAGGAGUUCGAUUCGAGGCACGGUCCUACCUGGCAUUGCAUCGUCGGCCGCAAUUUCGGUUCAUAUGUGACUCAUGAAACAAACCACUUCGUCUAUUUCUACCUGGAUCAGAAAGCAGUUUUGCUAUUCAAAUCCGGUUAACCACCUGUGUGAUGUUGGAAAAUCGGAUGAAAAGAAUGAUGAGCCUGAGCUUGGGAUGCUAUAAUUUGCACCCGUAUGUAUUUUAUUGAGAUCUGCUAGCUUGCAAACAUGUGUGUGCUUAACUGUAUAUCUACAAUCACUUCUACUGGCUAUGAACCAUUGGUCUGAAUUUCAAUCUUUCAAAUGCAUGAUUUCUCUGAA